AUGCAAUAUUUUCAAAGGUAUUGGAUGGACACUGUAGGUCCACUAAGAUUUACAGUGUAUCGACUCCAAUACAGAACUAAUAAUUUCAUUGAGUCGUACCACGCUUCUCUUCUGAGACUAAUGGGCCAACAUCCAUCUCUGUAUCAAUUUUAUGAACACUUGAGAACAGUUGAAGAGCGUUCAAGGAAUGAUUUGGCCAGUGCAGUAAAUGGACAACAAGUUAGACGAAGGACUUAUAGAAUGUAUCCGAGGAAUAAUGCAAUUAUAAACAAUGGAUGGGCAAAUGUUGAAAAUGGAACUUACAAUCUGCAAGAUUUCUUAAGAAAUGUUUCAUAUACCAGUGAACAAAUCUUAAGAAACGAGAUUGGUGAACCGGAUUUUCAACCCAUGCUUGCUAUUCAAGGGUUAAAUGCUAUACCUCCAGGACAAUUACCACAGAGGCCCCCUCAACUGUUAUUGAGACCGAUGCCUGUACCACCAUUAAUACGACCGGCCGUACAACCACCAAUAGCUGAAGUGGUACCGGUGGCUAUACAACCAGCAGAGGCGGUACAACUACCGAUGGUUGAAGUACCUGCAAUAGCUGUACAAAAUGUUAGAAACCAGAGGGGUGUGCGUAGAAGAGGAAAUCGUGGUAAUCGUGUACAAGGCAACGGUAGAGGACGUUUGAACGCGAGAGUGGGAUGGGCAGAAUUUUUUGCAAAUAUUGAAGACGAAGUAGAACCACGACUUCCCCCACCUGUGCCAAAUCAACAUCCGAUUCCCGCCAAUGAAAUGAUUUUAGAAGUAUGCAUUAUUUGUUAUGAAGAAGUGGUAACAGUCACUAUAGUGCCAUGUCGCCACACAUUUUGCAAUACUUGCAUUACACGUUUGAUACAGGAUGGGUUUAAUACAUGUCCAUUAUGUAGAGGCAAUAUUGAAGUGUACGAGGGAUAUGUAUGA